AAGAAAAAAAAUAUCACAUUAGACAAAAUUGUGUAACCUCUUUUAGCUUGUCUCGAGCUCUUGUCCGGCCCCAACAUUUUAAUACGCAAAAACAUGGCGGCGUCCUUGAGCAGCGCAGGGAGUGUGGGGCUACUGCGUGCCUUAGCCAGGUCCGGCUCAUUAUGCAGCUCCUCUGGAAGCAGAAGCCUCCAUGUCACUGCAGUGUGCUGCAAGAAUCGAGCAGCUCGUGUCCGAGUGGGCAAAGGAGACAAACCUUUGUCUUAUGAGGAGGCACAUCCACCUCAUUACAUUGGCCACCGCAAAGGGUGGUUGUCACAGCAUACCAGUAACCUCAAAGGAGAAGGGGGCGCGGCUGAACGUACCGUAGAGGACGUGUUCAUAAGGCGUUUCAUGUUCGGGACCUUCCACGGCUGCCUGGUCAAUGAGCUCGUGAUCAAACGGCGCGGCAACCUGCUCGUAGUUUGCGCUUUAAUGUUACAGAGAUUACAACCACACAAGUUUUACUUCUUAAUCGGUUAUACAGAGUCACUGCUGUCGCAUCUCUACAAAUGCCCCGUGAAGUUAGAGGUUCAGACGGUGAAGGAUAAAGCUGUGUACAAGUACCUCUGAUGGAACUGUGUAGUGUUAAUGCUACGUGUUUCUGCUAGAGACUGUAUACCACCAGUGGGACUUUGCUCUUGUAUAAGAUGUCGAAUUUGUUCCUGUCUCCAUUCCUGCUCGCGGUGAUGUCAUCUUCCUAUUUCAGUUCCCCCUAAAUGGACAUUAUCAGUUUUCAAAGGUUUUCGGUCUUUGUGCACGAACUCUCAGAAUUCUAGGAAAUAAAGCAUUGCAAUUGAAACAUUAUACCUUAAAUUGUUAAACAAAUACAGCAAACACAUGGUUUAACGUACUGUAUGUUAUGUAUGCACCACAGUUCACUGUGUUUCAACCAGCUCCAUUACUUACAUUUCAACAUGUGACAAUUCUUUUAUCAUUGUAGUUUGUCAGUCAGGGGAAAAGUUAAGGUUUGUGUAGUUAUUAAACAAAACAAAAAAAAAACGGGGUUGUUUCAUACCAUUACCACUUAAAUCAGACUUUGUAUCAGAAAGUCUGUAUAAUAAAGAAGAUUUAAGGAUUGAAACGUCCUCUAGAACCUCAAGCAAGUCCAGUUUUUUCCUUUGUAAAAAAAAUCAAUGUGAGUUUUCUACAACAUUCCUCUCUGAUGUCCUUUUUACCGCUGACCUGUGAACAUGACUCCAUCUGCAAUACGUUAUACUCAUCACAAUUUAUCAUGCCCUGUGCUUAUUGCAUAAUUAGAACAGUUUUCCAGACUUGAGUGUCUGCAGAGUACUUUACUCAACAAAUGUGCACUGCACAGCAGUUAAGACUAAUAGAAGCACCCCAGUAACUGAGUGAUCAAGCACAAAUCAUUGUAACAUGCCUGGUUCAGGGACCGUUGUUACGUUACACCCCUGUGGUUCCUGUCUGCCUCUUUAUUAUCAACUCACCACGAAAAGGUCAAAACGGCAAAUAUUUUAUCCAAUUUCCAAAAAAUA